GUCAUAUUAAAAAUUAGAUAUUUAAAAAAAAAAACAGAAACAAUUCAGUAACUAAAUUUGCACGAAAAUACAAAUCAUGUUGUGGUUUAUAAUGAUUUUUUUAAAAUUAAUUACAUGUAGAUUUUUAGUUUUCGAUGAAAAUUCAAAAUUUGAUAGUUCUUCAUCUUAUUUUCAUUGCUGUGGUACUGGUAUGGAGAGUUUCGACCAUUCAUUGUUUGUUGGAUACCGAGAAGACAGAAAUAGAUUUCUCAUAAGAUAAAUAACUAUAGUCUUUAUGUAUUUACUUCCCCACUUUCUUGAUAAGUGCCACUUUAUUAAGGAUAUAUAUUUCAUUUCGAAAAUUUUAAAAAACAUUAAAUAAUAUAUAAAGAGAUAUAUCCAAUUCACUAAUUACUAGUUAGUUUUAAGUUAAAAAUCCACAAUAAAAUUUGAAUUUAACAUGGUAUCAGAGUUUAUAUCCUAAAUACUCAAAUUCUUAAUUAAUAUUAAUCAUUACAAUCAGGUAUAAAAGUCGUGAUUAAUCCUUCUGACCGAGUAUAAAAGGUCUAAUUAACUCGUUCGACCGAGUAUAAUUGUUUUAAAGUUCUGAGAUUUCUGACUAAUAAGAACAAUCAUCUCGAAGACGGGUAUUAGAGAUAUAUAUCCUACAUCGAGAAUUCUAAGAGACAUUAAGUAAUAUAUAAAAAGAUAUAGUCAAUCCACUAAUCACUGCUUUAUUUUAAGUUGGAAGCUCAAAGAAAAAAUAAGAAUCUAAAACACUUUGACAUUGGGAAACAGAUGGAGUAUUGUUUAACGAUUGCCUCCUAGUGCUCCCACUAUGCAAACAUAUUAAAUAUUUAUGUGACAUUUUUUUUCCUUGUAUAAAUCUAGAAUACAAUUCGUGAAGAAAUUGUUUUCUUAUCUCACAGAACUUUAAUGAUAUCGACAAACCGUUUCUUUAUUAAGUUACAGUUAAAUAAUAUUUUCAAAUUUAUCUUUUUAGAGAGAGAUUAUUGGUUGCUUUACAAAAAAAAAAGAGAGAUUAUUGGUUGUCUCAAUCAAGGAAAAUUCUAAAUAUUCGUAGAAGAAAAGUCACUGAAUUAUUUUAUUUCUAUUGUGUGUAUUAAUUUGGAGGAGAUUAUUCAAAAGAGCUGGAAUUACGGAUGAUUAAGCUUUUAAAAUUUGACUGACUUUUACUAAUACAAAGUUACAAACUACCCUAUCUGCAUGGUAACUUUUGAAUGAGCAAGCUUUUUCACGUACGUUUCAGUAAACUCAUCAGUGAGAAAUUAUUUACAGUAACCAAGUUAUCCACUAUAAAGUGUUCUCAAAUUACUAACUUCACAAGAUUAAGUUGCGUAGUCAAGACCAUUACGUUCAUAUGUGUCAUAAACGGGACCAACUUAUGAAAAGAGCUCUUGCCCAUUGCAAAUUGAUUCGACUCUUCCUUAAUUACUCCAUAUGCAAGUCGAUCACGUAGAGACUAAUGGACCAUAUAAUUCGGUUUAUGACUGUGACUGAAUGAUUCUUUUUGAGCAAACUAUUGUAAUCAUAUAUAGUCUACAUUUCUUCUCCAACCACGUAUUUUGCUUAUCUUUGAUACCCAAACAAACAAAAAUUGCAAUAGCUUUCUAUCUAAAUACAAUUGGUGUGUUUAGUACGUGCCGGUCGAUUCAGUUGUUUUUAUAUAAACAAGUCUCUAAAUCUAGUGUAUCAUACUAAUUUAAUCUUAGUUUCUUAAAAUCAUCCAAGGAAAAUUUAUCUGAGACUUUUGACACAUUCAACAGCCAAGUAACAUAAAGUUUUACUUUGUAUAAAAAUUGAAUAAAACAAUUGCAAGUGAUGUCCAAGAUUGACGCCACCAAUUCGUGGGUGACACAUUCCCUUCCAUAAGCAUUUUUAGCUUUCCCGUCAUCGUCCAUUAAAAAACAUAUAAUAAAUACUUAAUUACAUUAUACAUACGUACCUACGUUUACGUGUACUCGCGUAGACGUAUCCCAUGCGAAUUAUAACAUACCUUAUAAUUACAUUUCUGCAACUUGUAAUUUGUAACAUUAGUAUAUUACCAUAUAUAAAUAUUUAACUGCGUUUACGAAGCUAAAAGCUAAUUAUACCAAAAGAAUCAAUACAUUAGUAUAAAAUAAGGACAAGAGGGAUAAAGUGAUAGAGACAGAAACGAGGAAAGAAGCCAAAUCCAGGAACGUUGCACAUUGGUUAAGACUCAAGAGAUGGAUAACAUUAACAACACACGCCACACGGACAUCGUUUAGUCUCUACUCUCUACAGCGUACCUGAGCUUAGUAGAUUAAAUCUCUCGUUCGUGACUACUAAAUUAGUUUAUUUAAACAUUCACAUGAAUCUCAUCAACAUGUUUGAUAUCAAAACCCGUUUUAGUAUUGUAAGUCCUUGGCAGAGAGGUAUGCUGUUUUGCUUUAGGUUCUGUAUUCUUUGCCACUCCAUUAAAGCUGCAUCGUGCAUUAUACACGUGGAAUUUAGUAGACUGUUAUUGGACCUAAGCAGAUCACAUCUCUUCAAAUUGUGGCGCGUGGGGAGCACAAGUUAUUGAUAUGCCUCGUCGGCGUCCACCACCAUGCAUUAUCACCGCGGUUUUUUAUAUACUAACGAAGAAGAAGAAGAAGAAACCAACUUACUUUUGAUAUCUUAACGCACUACUACUCUCUAUAUCCUUUUUAGUCUCAGGAGGAGAGUUUAUUACUUUGCAAUGGAGCAAACCAAGAAGCUCAAAACUUCUUCUGAGUUCUCCUUAUCUGAUGAAUCCUCAGCUUCUUCUACUUCUUCUUCAGGCCUGAGAAAAUGGUGGAAGUUAAGAAGGAGCCAGUUUCUUCCCUUAAGAAGGCAGACCGAGAGAGGAUCCGUAGAGAUAAGCUCAAUGAACAGUUUCUUGAGCUCGGAAAUGCACUUGAUCCCAAUAGGCCAAAGAGUGACAAAGCCUCAAUUCUCAUCGACACAAUACAAACCCUGAAAGAUUUAAUGACUCAAGUUGAUAGACUAAAGGCUGAGCAUGUCACACUUUCUCAAGAGUCUCGUGAGCUAAUUCAAGAGAAGAGCGAGCUGAGAGAGGAGAAAACAUCUCUUAAAUCCGACAUUGAUAUUCUUAAUGCUCAAUAUCAACAUAGAGUCAGAACCAUGGUCCCAUGGAUUCCACAUUACCCUUAUCCUGUCCCUCUAGUUGCAAUAACUCAGUGUCCAGUCUCCACUCUGCCUUUUCCACUCUAUGGUACGCGAAACCCUGCACCUUUACCUAGCCCAUCCUCUACCUUUAUGCCCUAUUCAGCCGAACAAAAAGAUGAUGCUGGUUUAGAGCUUGAGCUUAAAAUCCAUGCCUCUUCUUCAGGUCAAGAGGAUGUUUAUGGUAAAGAGAAGAAAGGAAACUUGACAAACACUGCAAGCUCAUCUAAUAGUUACUCAUCAUCUCAAGCUGUUUCAGAUGGUGUAAUGUAAAUAACAUUUUCAAGUCAUAAACUCUGUAAUUCCCAGCCAAGUGAAACUCUGUGAACUAUGUGUAGAUAUGUAUUUUAUCAUCACAAGCAAAUAAAAAAUACAAAAAUCAUUUUC